GCGGGGCUUAAAGCCGCUCACAGGUUGUGUGUGCAUCGUUCAGUCUUCCGUCGCUCUCGCCAUCUGAACAGUGUAUGAGCGAUGGCGCAAACUCAACUUCUGGACGAACAAGACGACGGGCAGAUCGGCGAAUGUCAUGUGAUGGUGACAGUAGAGGACAGGACACACCCCCAGACUCCACCCACAGGAAGGACACACCCGUAUCAAGACACGCCCCCUUUCAGUCAGGUCGACGACCAGCCAAAAGACAGCAAACUGCGGGGAUUUCGCAGAAUUCGUAAAAAUCAGGAUUACGUCCACAUAACGAUGGCGAAGAGCAGCAUCUCUCGACUGCCGUCAGAAUGGUGGAAAACAGGAAUCGCCUUCAUUUGGGCUGGUUUGAACCUUGUGCUCACUACCGUCAUGAUAACCAUCGUCCACGACAGAGUCCCGGAUAAAUCCGUCAGCCCGCCAUUACCUGAUAAGUUUUUCGAUUAUGUGCCGCGUAUGGAGUGGGCAUUUCGUGUCACGGAGGUGAUCGGCAUGAUUUUAGUGAUUCUGUGGUUCAUCCAGUGGCUCUCUCUCAAGUACAGGGCCAUCGUGGGCCGCAGGUUUUUCUUCCUGCAGGGAUUGUUGUAUAUGUACCGCAUGGUGACCAUGUACAUCACAACUCUCCCCGUUCCCAGCAUGCACAUGGAGUGUGCACCCAAGCUCCAGAACAAUUCUCAUGAGAAGCUGCAGCGUGUUUAUCAGCUGGUUUCAGGAGCAGGUCUGUCCAUCACCGGCUCUCAUCGCAUGUGCGGAGACUUUCUGUACAGCGGCCACACCGUCAUGCUGACGCUCACCUUCCUCUUCAUCUAUGAGUACUCGCCACGCUCUCGGCUCUGGACUGUUUAUCAUGUGAUCUGCGGGUUGCUAAGCACAAUGGGCGUGGCCUGUAUCCUGUUGGGGCAUGAGCAUUACAGUCUGGAUGUGGUGGUGGCGUAUUUCAUCACCUCACGCCUCUUCUACUGGUACCACACUAUGGCCAACAACCAGGCUUUGAGAGGAUCUCCUCAUAAUUACCUGAAUCGUGUGUGGUGGAGCUUCAUGUUUUCCUUCCUGGAGAAGAACGUAAAGCUGUCGGUCCCCUGUACAUUCUCCUGGCCGAUCUCUGUGCCGUCGGUUUCCUUCAAGAACCCGUGCAGGAGCUACUCAAAAGUGCAGAGCUCUCGAGAGGAAUAACAGGCUCUAAACACUGCGGACGCUUACCGAGAUCCUCAAUACUUGAAGAGCAGCUUUUGCUGGAGAAAUCAUGUGUUAUUGCCAUUCCUGAGGACAGUUCACAGCUUGAUUCGCCCUCCUGUCAAAUAUAAAGUCUUUUUCAAAUAUUUCUUAAGUGAUGUUUAACAGAGCAUGGACAUUUGCACAGUGUUUCCUAAUAGAUUCUUCUCUUCGGUAUAUU